CAGUACGCUCUCUCUCUGUGUGUCGUUUCUCAGUAACAAUGAGACAACAAAUCCUCCACAUUCUACUCAUUCAAGUGAUACUAGUUGAAUCCCUCGAGGGAGCCACUGGCUACCUUGGAGAGAAUGUUACCUUGCCCUCAAAUGGCAACUCAUCAUGGCGUCUCUCCAAAAUCAAGUGGUCAAUAUUCCUAAACAGCACUUGGAUUGCCACGUAUCAGGAUGGGAAGGAAAACACUAAUCGCUUGCCUCGGUAUAAAGGGAGACUCAGUCUCAACGUCUCCACAGGUGAUUUGACAAUCCAUAAUUUGACCGAAGAUGAUGCCAUGGAAUACACUGUAGACCUCAUCAACACUGAGAAAAAGAGCAUAGUAAACAAGAUCAAGCUCGAGGUGACACAACACCUCCAGAAACCAACCAUAAAGACACUCUUCAAUUCAUCUGCAGAGGAAGGCUGUUGGAUCGGCUUGCAUUGUAUAUCUGCUAGUGAAGAUGUUGUCUUCUCCUGGCAUGUUAACUCUUCCAACGUGACUAUCUUCAAUAUGAGUCAUCCUCAAGUCAAACCUGGACUUCAUUCAACAUUUUUCUACAAGAAGCAGAUCCCUGUCCAAAUCACCUGCAUCUCCAGCAGGAAUAAGGAGAACACCUCAAGGGUUGUCACUCCAGAGUGUAAUGAUGGAAAACCACAAACUCAACACCAGGUUCAAUGCAGGUUGAGAUGUGGUCUUUGUGUUUUCUUGGGAAUUUUCUUGGGAGUUGUAGCAGUUGUAAUAAUAUACCUUUGCAAAGGUGAGAGGAAAACAUCAUUCUUUUUAGGAAAAUUCUCUCGUUUGCCUUCCCUUUUCCAAAGGAAUCUCAGCUGAGCUAACGCAAAGAAACUUCAGCAUAAAGAGGGUCUCCACCUUCAUAUUAAGUAUAACAGGGCACCAGAACAGAACUGUAAAUGUAAAUGUUUUACAUUUUAUUUUGUUUUAUUAGUCUAUUUGUCUGUGUGUUGUCAUGGAUGGUUGUUGUUCUUGUUUUAUCACUAUAAGCACUGAUUUUAAAAUGUAACGUGUACAAUACAUCAGACACUGCUUCUGCAACUGUCAAUAUUCUCUAGUAAACAAACAAACAAACAGCCCUGAGAAUGUGAAUUUUGUGCCAUGUUGCAUCUUAAAUUCCAAAAUGUCCACCCAACUAAUCUGGAGGCAGGCAAGGAUAUUUUGGUCAUAAUAAGUUACGGAGCCUUGGAGGGGUCAUGGAAAAAAGAAAAAAAACACCUAAUCAGUGCUCUCGAUUUUCCCGUUCUGCACACCAUAUUCUGUCAAAAGUUCCCAAAACAAAUAUCGUAUUUGGUCGGUCGUCAUUCUGGUCUGCUGCAGCCAUAGACUGGAACAUCAGCUUUUAAGGACUCUAUUAUGUAUAUUACAUGCUGCUGUUUCCCGAGCCACUAAUAUUCCAUAACCUCUGUCUAUCUGCUAUUUACUGUUGUCCCAUGCAUAUUCUUGCUCUCUUGCUGCUGUUUUGCUUUGCAUGUUUGUCGUACUGUUACUCUUGUUCUAUUGUUGUAUUGCCUCAUGCCGUUGUCUGCUAACUACCUGCCCGAUGCAUGUGUGCUAGACUGCAUAUAAUUAAUGUAAUUCUUGUUGUCACAUGUAAUGCUCGUUGUGAUUGUAUGCAAGUAGUGAGUGUGUUGGAAAUGUUUGAAUGUGUACUGCUGUUUUGUUUUUUUUUUAACUUUUCACUUCUUUUUAGUCCCUACCCUCAAGAGGCUUUGCCUUUUGCCAGGCUGCCAUUGUAAAUAAGAAUUUCUUCUUAAUGAUUUGCCUGGUUAAAUAAAGAUUAAAUAGAAAUAAAUAAAAAUAAAAUGUAAUAAUUUGUACUCCCAGUUUUAUAAUUUGUGCUCUUGUUUAAGGGGUCUCAGAUAAUAUAGUGUUGUGCUUACAAGCCAAAACCCAAAGUAUAUCCAUGAUCAAAAUAAAAUUGAGAGCACGAAUUAUCAAAUCAAGAACACAAAUUAGUUAUUUUUUUCUCCCUGGCCCCUCCCAGGCUCUGUAAUAAGUUGUAGGAUUAUAGGAAAUAACAUUUUGGGGGUGCCAUACCAAAAUUUGAGUGGGGACUCUUUAACAAAUUUUGGCAUUAUAAUAAAUAACAAAUAUUGUAGUAGUUAUAUUAAUUUUUGAGAUCUGGGAGCAAGAUUUUUUUUCAAAAAAAAUAGAAGCUAUAAUGUAUAACAAAUUUUGGAACUUCACAAUACUAAAGUUUGAGAACCGCAAGAAAGAAAAAAAUGUUCCACUUGAAUACUUUAUAUUCAGGUAUAGAUGUACUGUAUACUCAAUUUGACGUGAGGCAUUUCUCUGACUGCUGAUGUCAUGAGAACAAAGGGUCAUGGGCCGAGAAAAUUCUAAACUCUGGGUUGUGGUUUCUCUUGAUUUCCAUGCAACACUUUCUUUUUUCAGUCAUAGUUACUGUCAUAACCCCUCCUGUUUUCACACUCAGCUCUAACCCACAAAUUAACCCACUAAGAUACUAAACAUCACAAACUUUAAGACUUUCUGAUUCACUCUUAGAAGAUUUUGAUUUCUUGCUUUUUAACUCAUAUUAGCUCAUAAGUUUGAGUUUACAGUGUUCACAACAUAUUGUAAAAAAAAAUAUGUUUAAAUAUGUAAAAUAUAUACAUGCUUGUGUAGUGAAUACUACUGCAUGUUGACACUGCAUUGUUUCUUGUAAUUACAGAUAAGAUCAAAACUGUAUGGGAUUACCUCUGCGGUAUGUAAUAGCCAUUUUGAGACUGAAAUGGUCACUUUAACAACUUAUUCUAACAAGUCCUCCAAUACGACCAAAUACGUUGUUUGUCUAUGCACACCAGAAUGACAUAUAGGAGUGUUUUCUAAUCUGGCGCCCCAAUAGGCAGUAAUCGGCAGAACAACAUCAUUUGCUGUGCUUUUCAAAACUGUUACAAAUGACUCUUAAUAAAUAUGGCCUCCAUCCACUCUACCUCCUUUGAAUGAGGAAAAUUGUCGACAUAGACGUCAUCUGAAUUGUGUCAUUGCUCCGGGUCAUAAUUACUAUGGCCACUAAAUGGCAUCUGUCACUCAAA